CACUCACACGGUUAUGACAGAGGUUUAAACACGCAGCAGUGAUUCAUGAAUUCACGUGGAUCACUAGAGAUCUACAGGAGUGGACGUCGUGACGUCAUCGCGCGACCAGCACAGGUGUGUGUCGAGAUGCAGAUGCUGGAGACUGCAGGGUUCAGGCAGAAGCUGCUGGAGGCGUUGAGUCUGGGCAGACGGCAGCAGUACUGCCUCGCAGACGCAGACGCACGUGUCCCCCCCCUCCCCCCGCUGUCUGCAUCCUUCUGCAGAGGAGACGAGGACAGCGAGCUGCUCUCCUUCAUCACAGCCUCCUCCUCUAUCGCUCCACUCUCCUCGUCAUCAUCCUCGUCCUCCGAGAGCGAGUCGAGGGGCUGCUUGCGCAGACGCAGACCUCCGAGCCGUCAUGCUGUGAGAGAGCCGCUCAUCAUGGGCAAUCAGGAUGGAAAGCCGAAGCGCUCCGAAGGCGCAGCGCACGAGAGCACGGCUCACGACGGCACAAAGAAAGGGAAGAAACUGCGAGGGGAGGCAGGGAAGAAGAAAAACAAAUCCGACAGAUCCUCUGUGUUCCCUCACAUACGCAAACGCAAGAACCAGAGCAAGGCUAAAAGCUUCCUGAGCGGAUCCAAAGAGGAUGCAUCGCUGGAUGAGCUGGACAGCGCUCCGUCGCUGUGUAAUAAGACGCCCGAUCUCUCCGGGGAUGAGCUGGGACAUUCGGACGCCGAGCCCGAGCAUCCUCGCCCGCAGAAGGAGAAGAAGAAGGUGGCGAGCUCCGGAUCCGACACGGACAUGUACAGCUUCCACUCGGCCGCAGAGCAGGAGGAUUUGCUGGCCGACAUCCAGCAGGCCAUCCGUCUGAAGCAGGGCGUGAUGCUCGGCUCGGACUGUAAACAAACCGGAGACGCUAAAAACACUCCCACCCCCGACUCGGAGCCCUUCACCGUGCUGGAAGCCAUUCCUAAAGCGGAAAAAAACGGGAUUGUGCUCCCUGAGGAGGAGCCGGCUGUGAACGGGCUCUCAGAGGAGGCCCUUUGUGCUCCGGUCGCCGUGGAAACGGUCACAAAAGAGCCUGAGGCCCCUCUUUCUCCAGCUGUGGCUCCUACAGACAGCACCACGAGCCUCCCAGACCUGACUGCGUCGUUCGAAAGCGUCGUGGAGGCCGUGGAAGAAGACCAGCAUUCUCCUCCGAGCACAGAUACGCCGUCUGACCUCAGGUCCACAGGCUCUCUGGAGUGUCCCACCGUCAUCGAGGAGCUCGUCCAGAGGCGCAAGAGCAGCGUCUCCUUCUCUCCGGAGAGUCCUCUGGCCACGCGGCUGCUGAAGUCUGCGGUCAAGCCCUAUCCACCAAUCAGCACGUCCUACAUCAAAACCACCACUCGACAGCUGAGCUCGCCCUCCUGCUCGCCCGCCCCCUCGCCCGCCAACAGCCCACUGUCCAGCCGCCGCGGACCGGACCGGGCAGAGAGGAGGCGUGUCCGGCGCCAGCGCUCCUACAGCAUCACCGGCUCCAUCAGCCGCUCCGCAGACUGGACCGAGGAGCUCCGCACGCGGCCCCCUGCAGCCACCGGCUCGGAGGAGACGCUCAGAACCAAUCACAGAUCCACAUGCAGCUUCCAGAAGGUGUUCACAGGCCGGACGCUGUUGGAGCGCUUCUUCCAGCAGCAGGACCCCGGAGAGCCGGAGGAGGCCGAGAAGCUGUGCUCCAGGAUCCUGGCCAUGGGCCUCCUGCUGCCCUUCAGCGACUGCUUCAGAGAGACGUACAGCAGCGGGCAGAUCACUCCCAAGUUUGACCACGAUCAGCUGUACACAUGGGCAGCGGUCAGUCAGCCUCCUCCGUCUCUGGAGGGACACCUGAAGAACCUGUGGCCCCGGAGCAGACCCGGACCCCCGGACCGGCCCCAGCCCAAAUACACAGAGGAUGCGGUCGAGGAGCAGGAGGAGCAUCAGGCCGGCGUUUCAGACCUUAAAAAACAACAGGAAGAAGAAAUCCAACAAAUUGAGGAGGAGUCGGUGAUAAAGACUGUGCAUCUGAAGCAGGAGCACGUCUGCGUGAUCGAGCAGCUGGAGCAGACCAUCGAAGACCUGCGCAGUAAGAUUGCCGAGCUGGAGAAACAGCAGCCCCUGCUGGAGCGGGAGGUGCAGACGCAGGACCAGGAGUGUGGAGGAGAGGAGCGCCUCCUCCCGGACGUCUGCCAUGUGGACCUACAGACAGAAAACACUGCGCUGCUGACGCUGGAGGCCAAAUCAGUGCAGACGUCUCCUGUGGAGGAGUGCUUAAGGUUUAAAGUGCCUCCUGUGGAGGCGCAGGCACUGGGGAGGAGUGACUCCUCACUGCCAUCAGAAACUGAGAAUGCUUCUCAAGUGUUUGUGUGCAUGUGCCAGCAGCUGCCGUGCGCUUCGGUGCCUCCUCCACCACCACCUCCUCCAUCCGGGAUGUGUGCACCUCCUCCUCCACCUCCGCUUCCAGGAAUGAGUGCUCUUUCUGCACCACCUCCUCUCUCAGGCAGUUCCUUUCCUCCUCCUCCACCUCCUCUACCAGGAAUGGUUGCGCCUCCUCCUGCGCCUCCUCCUGCGCCUCCUCUACCAGGAAUGGGUGCGCCUCCUCCUCCGCCUCCUCUACCAGGAAUGGGUGCGCCUCCUCCUCCGCCUCCUCUACCAGGAAUGGGUGCGCCUCCUCCUCCACCUCCUCUACCAGGAAUGGUUGCGCCUCCUCCUCCACCUCCUCUACCAGGAAUGGUUGCGCCUCCUCCUGCGCCUCCUCCUGCGCCUCCUUUACCAGGAAUGGUUGCGCCUCCUCUACCAGGAAUGGGUGCGCCUCCUCCUCCACCUCCUCUGCCAGGUGUAUCUGCGCCGGCUCCUCUCCUGACUGCAGGAUCAGCACCUCCUCCUCCUCCACCUCCUCCUCCAGGUCCUCCGCCGUUGGCUCCUGGUCCUCCUCUGGCCUUCGGUUUGGGUUCUCUCCCUCCGCCGCUCCCGCUGGGUCUGUACGCGUUAGGAGCUCCGCAGGAGAAAUCACCUCACAAAAGCUUGGUGGAGCCGCCGAGACCCAUGAAACCUCUGUACUGGACCCGAAUACAGCUGCACACCAAAAAGGACUCUCAUGCUCUCGUGUGGGAGAAGAUCGAAGAGCCACCCGUGGAUUUUGAUGAGUUUGUCGAACUCUUCUCCAAAACAGCAGUGAAAGAGAAGAAGAAGCCCCUUUCGGACACGAUCAGCCGGUCAAAGACCAAGCAGGUGUUGAAGCUGCUGAACACCAAGCGUUCUCAGGCCGUGGGGAUCCUGAUGUCCAGUUUACAUCUCGACAUGAAGGACAUUCAGCACGCGAUCCUGAAUCUGGAUAACACUGUGGUUGAUCUGGAGACGUUACAGGCGCUCUAUGAGAACAGAGCCCAGCAUGACGAGCUGGAGAAAAUAGAGAAACACAUCAAAUCCUCAAAAGACAAAGAGGGAAGCAAACCUCUGGACAAACCCGAACAGUUUCUCCAUCAGCUCUCCCAGAUUCCUGAUUUCUCUGGACGAGUCUUCUGUAUUCUCUUUCAAUCGACCUUCACUGAAUGUAUCUCGUCUGUUCAACGCAAACUCCAGAUUUUGCAGAGAGUAUGCAAGACUCUUCAGAGUGGCUCUGGGGUGCUGCAGAUUCUCGGUUUAGUUUUGGCCUUUGGGAACUUCAUGAACGGGGGGAAUCGCACCAGAGGACAAGCAGAUGGCUUCACGCUGGACAUUCUGCCCAAACUCAAGGAUGUCAAGAGCAGCGACAACAGUAAGAGUCUGAUAUCAUAUAUAGUGUCUUACUACCUGAGACACUUUGACGAGGACGCGGGCAGGGAGACGUGUGUGUUUCCUCUCCCAGAACCUCACGACCUGUUUCAGGCCUCUCAGAUGAAGUUUGAAGACUUGACUAAAGAUCUGCUGAGACUCCGGAAAGAUCUAAGAGCAUGCACUGCGGAGGUGGAGAAGGUGUGCUCGGUCUCGACUGAAGAGCAUCUGCAGCCGUUUAAAGACAGGAUGGAGGUGUUCGUGAGUGAAGCAAAAACAGAGCUGGAAAGCCAAGAGAAGCAACUCAGUGACACCCACAAAAUGUUCCUGGAGCUCUGCGUGUUCUUCUCGGUGAAGGCCAAGAGCGGAGAGAAAGAGGUUUCGCCCAACACCUUCUUCACCGUCUGGCACGAGUUCUCCACAGACUUUAAAGACACUUGGAAGAAGGAGAACAAGAUCAUCCUGCAGGAGAGGCUGAAGACGGCGGAGGAGUGUUUCCGACAGGUCAAAGAAAAAGCCACAUACAGCGUCAAACCCAAACACGCGUCUGGAAUCAAAGCAAAGUUGGGCAUGAAGAUCUGAGGCGGAUGUGGACUGACUCUUGUGACGUUUCAUCUGUAAAUCGCUCUCGCAGCAUCUUCAGUGUUACUCUGCCAUCUGCCGUACCACACAGGAAGUGAUCUGAAUGUGAUGUCAUAUCCUGUGUCCUGAUAGAUGAACAUAUCAGACGUUACAUAUCACCGUACAUACUGGAGGACUGAAGCAAUAUCAUCAAAUCAAGGUUGUUUUAUUUUUAACAGACGAAAAAGGGCAAGAGAAAGAAGAGUAUAUGGAUUUCUGAUGCGUCUUUAUUUUAAACAUCGGCACCAUCACAUGCUUUUAAACCAACACUAGUUAGUGCAGUUUAGUGAUCUAGUCAUCAGCUGGUUUAACAUGUUCAAUUCACUCUCCAGUCCUACAGGACCUGAAAGAGACACUCCAGUAUGUACAGUAUAAAUCAGAUCAGUGGGCGGCGAACGUUCAGGAAUCUACUCAGUGUUUUUGUGAAAUUAUGCAAGAUUGUUUUCUGGUUGUGCUGCAUCCACACAUUCACUCACUCAAUGUAUUUAAGAGGAUUUUUUUUUUAAAUUAAUGUAAAUGAUAUUAACAUCUUUAUGUAGCAUUGGUUUGUUUUUAGCAUGUGCGUAUCAGAGGUGUGGAUGGACGUCUGCGCUCCAUGUGCAAUAACUGUUUGUAUCUGAACGUUUUGAGAAGAGUGUUAUUUAUGUAAAAUAAAGGGAUUAAUAAAUUCAGACAUUUUAAUUUA